UGUGUCCAUCACUGUAUGCGCAAACCGGUUUGGGCACACCACCGUCACCGAACCUUCCUUUGUGUCUGUGUACAAGUGAAUCGCGCAGCACCUGAGCCGCUCGGUGCUGGUUCGACAGAGUUCGGUUCGACAGUUAUAUCGAAGCGGUUGGACGAGUCGGAUCAUGGAACAGGAGAAUUGGGAAUCCGAGUCCGUGUACGUGUACGACCGGUCGAAAUUGCUGACUGCGCCCGACGUACGCCGCCUGUGCUGCAGCGAUCCCACCAACGAAAUCACACCCGGGUGACAAGAGGAGGUAGAGCGAAAGUAGCAAGUACGUCACGUCGUGACGACACAACCAACGCCGCCAACACCACCGCCACCACCACCACCACCACAAUCAACGACAGAAUCAGCAGGAAGUAACGUCGCACCGGGACCGGCCCCAACAUGGCGCUUCUGCGCUCGAUAAUCGAUCUGAUGGAUAUGAUUGGAUGCGAUCUGGGAGGACUGAUCGAGAUAAUACGCUUCAUUUGGCGCUGCAUCGUGGAGACCCUCGUCAGCGUCCAGCUGCAGCGCUUGCUGGGCGAUGGCACGGGACGAGGGGGAGGCAAUGGAUCGAACCGCGCCGAAAUGUGUCUGCUGUGAAUGCAAUCUAGUGGGCCAACAAACCAGAGGAGCCACUUUAAACGUCUUCCGCACAAGAAAGUUUAGUGAAUAGUUUAAAUGGUAUCACGCGUUUCUUAUACCCUCGCCGUGUACAAGCGUCUACCGGAGAGUGGGUGAUUGUUAUAAAUGAUGAUGUAAUACAACCGAUUAAUUGAAGAAUACAGAGUAGAUACAUACACGCA